UGGAUCCUUCCUGACAGCAUGAAUUUCGACUCGCUGAGUUUGGUGAACUGAAAGCAAGAUUCUCCUGUUUGGACGAACAAAACAAACCACAAUGAAGCUGAUCUACUGCUGCAGUGCCUUGCUCCUGCUCCUGCUUAUUCCCAGAGCCUGUGAAGGUGGCAACAUCUUGGUCUUUCCCAUUGAGGGCAGCCACUGGGUGAACAUGGAUAUUCUACUUCAAGCCUUGCACUCGAGAGGACACAAUAUAACUAUUGUGCGUUCCAGCAAAAGUUGGUACAUCAAGGAGAAAUCGUCUUAUUACAAUACCUAUACAGUUCAAGUGGAGAGAAGCUUAGAUCAGAAGUUCUUGACAGAAUUCAUAUCCAGGGUCAUUGCAUUUGAAAGGGGGGCUCUUCCCUUGACAAGUUUUCUCUACAUGACUGUAGGAAUUUUUGGCACGUUUGUUGAUGCUCACCAAGCUGUGGGUGAAUAUGUAACGGCAAUGCUAGAUGACCAAGAGCUGAUGAGAAACAUGAAGGACAGCAAGUUUGACCUGGUACUCACUGACCCCUGCUGGGGCGGUGGAAUCAUUUUGGCCAAAUAUUUGAAUCUUCCUUUGGUUUAUAAUGUACGGUGGCUAAUAGCUGGAGAGGGCCAUCUUGCGAUCGCUCCUUCACCAUUAUCAUAUAUUCCUAUAACAGGAUCUGGAUACACUGAUAAGAUGACUUUUUUUCAAAGAGUUAAAAACAUCAUAUUGCAACUAAUUACCCAAACACAACAUGAACUGGUGAUUAAGCUAGUUUACCAGGAAAUAUGUGAUAAAUAUCUUGGGCCUGACAAUGACUUUAAGAUGUUAAUGCUUGAUGCAGACAUCUGGCUCAUGAGAGUGGACUUUGUGUUUGAGUUCCCCCGUCCCACCAUGCCUAACGUUGUCUAUAUGGGAGGGUUCCAUUGUAAACCAGCAAAACCUCUUCCUGAACACCUGGAGGAGUUUGUGCAGAGUUCUGGAGAGCAUGGGGUCAUCAUCAUGUCUCUGGGGACUUUUGUGAGUGAACUUCCUGCUGAUCUUACAGAAUACAUUGCUGCAGCUUUUGCUAAAUUACCUCAGAAAGUCAUCUGGAGGCAUAAAGGUGACAGACCAGCCUCUCUGGGCAACAACACUUUAAUAGUUGACUGGAUGCCUCAGAAUGAUCUUUUAGGAAAUCCAAAAAUGAAACUAUUUGUGGCUCAUGGAGGAACAAAUGGAGUUCAAGAAGCUAUUUAUCACGGAGUCCCAGUUGUGGGUCUACCCUUGUUUUUUGACCAAUAUGACAACCUGCUGCGUCUGCAAGAGAGACGAGGAGCUAAGAUUCUAGCCAUUCAAACAGUGGACCAAGACAACAACUUUCUUAAGGCCAUAGAGGGAGUCCUGAAUGAGCCCUCCUACAGGAUGAACAUGCAGAGACUCUCCAGGCUGCACAGAGAUCAGCCAAUCAAGCCGCUGGAUAACGCCCUCUUCUGGAUUGAGUUUGUCAUGAGACACAAAGGUGCAGCUCACCUGAAAGCAGAGUCCUACAGAAUGCCCUGGUACUCCUACCACUCUGUGGAUGUGUUUCUGUUUCUGGCUGGAGUUUUUAUUCUCAUGCUCUUUACUACUUUUAUUUUCAUGAGAUGUUUAUACACUGCAGUGUGUAAACAUAAAGUGAAACGUGACUGAUUUCAAUGAAUAUACACUAUUGUAUACUUAGUUAGAAGAAAACGUCAACAUGAAACUGAUUUUGGAAUUCAUCUAAAAAUUGAUAUUUGAUUUGUAUUGCACCGCUAACACUGCACAUUCAGCCAUUGAAACUCUCCAACAAGCCUUUGAAAAACUACAACAUUCUCUCCUCAAUCUAAAAUUAGUUCUCAAUUCAGACAAAACCAAAUACAUGAUAUUCUCAAGAGCCAGACAUAUUGCAGAAGACGGUCUACAUAUCACCACUUUAAGAGGUCACAGCAUUGAAAGGGUUUCACAAUACAAAUAUCUGGGCGUCUAGUUAGAUCAAAAACUCACAUUCAAAUUUCAUAUUGACAUACUUACAAGUAAAUUAAAACAAAAAAUCGGAUACUUAUACAGAAACAAAGCAAACUUCCCCCUGUUCUGUAGGAAAUGGAUCAUUCAGGCUGUCUUUUUAUCAGUUCUGAUGUUAUCUAUAGACAUGCCUCUGCCUCCACUCUCACCUCACUGGACUCUGUUUAUCACUCUGCACUCAGAUUCAUCACUGGUGACAUUUACUCCACCCAUCAUUGCAUCCUAUACAACAAGGUGGGAUGGGCACCUUUAUCCGUGAGACGAGACUUGCACUGGUUCCUCUUCAUUUGUAAAAGUAUUGAUAGGUGACACGCCACCAUACCUCAGCACUUUAUUAACCCAUUGAGGCCUGAAAAACCGCUGGGCGAUUUUAAAAUAAGCCUCUAAUUUUCUGGAAAUUCUGGAAAAAUUCUGGGAAAAAAAGUGUGAACUCUUCUACUAAAUAAUAGAUUUUUCAGCCUCUGUAGCAGAUAGAAAUGAAAUUCAAAAAGUAUUUGAGAGCUUAUACAAAAUACUACAAAACGACGUUAACGCUUUCCAGGCUUCAAUGGGUUAAACUGGUCACAUAGUAAUUAUCCAACACGCUCUAGUGAUUAAUGCUUAAUGCUCAAUGUUCCUUGGACAAAUACUGAAUUUAGAAAAACUGCUUUCAGUUUUUCUGCUGCAUCUACCUGGAACAUCUUACAACAUUCACUCAAACUCAAUACAAUUAUAACUAUGGGCCAGUUUAAAACUAUGAUAACCAAUAACUCUGCCUUUCACUGUAACUGUUUUUAAUGUUUUUGCAUAUGUUUUUGUCUGUGCUGUUUUGUGUUUUCUCUGUACUCUGUUUUGUGUUUUCUCUGUUUUGUGAUUAUUCUAUACUCUGUUUUGUGUUUCUCUGUACUCUCGACAUCAUUGUAAAUGAGGGGUUGCCCUCAAUGAUUCCUCGAGAAAUAAAUAAAGGAUAAAUGAAAUUUGUUUGACUGUACAUUCAUGCAACAUUUUGAAAAAUUAUGAGCAAAAACAUUAUUUUGUAUGUGAUAUAUACUUGUUUGAUU